AUGGAGGGGCCCCCGGGCCUGCGGCCGGGCGCGGGCGGGCCCUGGGAGAUGCGGGAGCGGCUGGGCACCGGCGGCUUCGGGAAUGUCUGCUUGUACCAGCAUCGGGAACUUGAUCUCAAAAUAGCAAUUAAGUCUUGUCGCCUAGAGCUAAGUACCAAAAACAGAGAGCGGUGGUGCCAUGAAAUCCAGAUCAUGAAGAAGUUGGACCAUGCCAAUGUUGUAAAGGCCUGUGAUGUUCCUGAGGAACUUAAUAUUUUGAUUAAUGAUGUGCCUCUUCUAGCAAUGGAAUACUGUUCUGGAGGAGAUCUUCGGAAGCUACUCAACAAACCAGAAAAUUGCUGCGGUCUUAAAGAAAGCCAGAUACUUUCUUUACUUAGUGACAUAGGGUCUGGGAUUCGUUAUUUGCAUGAAAACAAAAUUAUACAUCGUGACCUAAAACCUGAAAACAUAGUUCUUCAGGAUGUUGGUGGGAAGAUCUUGCAUAAAAUAAUUGAUCUAGGAUAUGCCAAAGACGUUGAUCAAGGAAGUCUGUGUACAUCAUUUGUGGGAACACUACAGUAUUUGGCUCCAGAGCUUUUUGAAAAUAAACCUUACACAGCCACUGUUGAUUACUGGAGCUUUGGAACCAUGGUAUUUGAAUGUAUUGCUGGAUAUAGGCCUUUUUUGCAUCAUCUUCAGCCAUUUACCUGGCAUGAAAAGAUUAAGAAGAAGGACCCCAAGUGUAUAUUUGCAUCUGAAGAGAUGACAGGAGAAGUUCGGUUCAGUAGCCAUUUACCUCAACCAAAUAGCCUUUGUAGUUUAAUAGUAGAACCCAUGGAAAACUGGCUGCAGUUGAUGCUGAAUUGGGAUCCUCAGCAAAGAGGGGGACCUGUUGACCUUGUUUCAAAGCAGCCAAGAUGUUUUCUGUUAAUGGAUCACAUUCUGAAUCUGAAGAUAGUACACAUCUUAAAUAUGACCUCUGCAAAGAUAAUUUCUUUUUUGUUGCCUCCUGAUGAAAGCCUUCAUUCACUGCAGUCUCGUAUUGAGCGUGAAACUGGAAUAAAUACUGGUUCUCAGGAGCUUCUUUCAGAGACAGGAAUUUCUCUGGACCCUCGGAAACCAGCCUCACAAUGUGUUCUCGAUGGAGUUAGAGGCUGUGAUAGCUAUAUGGUUUAUUUGUUUGAUAAAAGUAAGACUGUAUAUGAAGGGCCAUUUGCUUCCAGAAGUUUAUCUGACUGUGUAAAUUAUAUUGUACAGGACAGCAAAAUACAGCUACCAAUUAUACAGCUGCGUAAAGUGUGGGCUGAAGCAGUGCAUUAUGUUUCUGGGUUAAAAGAAGAUUACAGCAGACUCUUUCAGGGACAAAGAGCAGCAAUGUUAAGUCUUCUUAGAUAUAAUGCUAACUUGACAAAAAUGAAGAACACUUUGAUCUCAGCAUCUCAGCAACUGAAAGCUAAACUAGAGUUUUUUCACAAAAGCAUCCAGCUUGACUUGGAGCGAUACAGCGAGCAGAUGACUUAUGGAAUAUCCUCAGAAAAGAUGUUAAAAGCAUGGAAGGAAAUGGAAGAAAAGGCCAUCCACUAUGCUGAGGUUGGUGUCAUUGGCUACCUGGAGGAUCAGAUUAUGUCGUUGCACACUGAAAUCAUGGAGCUGCAGAAGAGCCCCUAUGGAAGGCGUCAGGGGGACUUGAUGGAGUCUCUGGAGCAGCAUGCCAUUGAUUUAUAUAAGCAGUUAAAGCACAGACCUUCAGAUCACUCCUACAGCGACAGCACAGAGAUGGUGAAGAUCAUUGUACACACUGUGCAGAGUCAGGACCGUGUUCUCAAGGAGCUGUUUGGUCACCUGAGCAAGUUGUUGGGCUGUAAGCAGAAGAUUAUCGAUCUACUCCCCAAAGUGGAAGUGGCCCUCAGUAACAUCAAGGAAGCUGACAACACUGUCAUGUUUAUGCAGGGAAAGAGGCAGAAAGAAAUAUGGCAUCUCCUUAAAAUUGCCUGUGUAAGUAAUGAAAGUGCAGUCACCCCUCAGGCAUCAACAUGGCUCCCGCCAACUUCUGCAGAACGUGCACAUCCUCUGUCAUGCGUGGUAACUCAAGAUGGGGAGAAUUUAGCACAAAUGAUAGAAGAAAAUUUGAGCUAUCUUGGCCAUUUAAGCACUAUUAUUCGUGAAGCAAAGGAGGAACGGGGCAGUAGUAUGGUGAGCUUGGACUGGAGUUGGUUAACAGAAUGA